UGAUUGGCGGGCGCCGCCGGUUGCUUCCGGGUUCCGUGUUGCUUUCGGCGGCGUCGGUCUUCCCGAAGGGGCCCCCACUGCGAUCUUGCUCGUCUCGCCAAGAUGAACCGCUUCUUCGGAAAGUCGAAGCCCAAGGCGCCGCCUCCCAACCUGACGGACUGCAUCGGCACGGUGGAUAGCAGAGCAGAGUCCAUUGACAAGAAAAUUUCCAGGCUUGAUGCAGAACUGGUGAAAUACAAAGAUCAAAUGAAGAAAAUGAGGGAGGGGCCUGCAAAGAACAUGGUAAAGCAGAAAGCCCUGAGAGUGUUAAAACAGAAGCGGAUGUAUGAAAACCAACGAGAUAACCUUGCUCAACAGUCUUUCAAUAUGGAGCAAGCCAAUUAUACCAUCCAGUCUCUGAAAGAUACAAAAACAACGGUUGAUGCCAUGAAACUGGGAGCGAAGGAAAUGAAAAAAGCUUACAAGCAAGUAAAAAUAGAUCAGAUUGAGGACUUGCAAGACCAAUUAGAAGAUAUGAUGGAAGAUGCUAGUGAAAUUCAGGAAGCGUUGGGUCGUAGUUAUGGAACCCCCGAAAUUGAUGAGGAAGACUUGGAAGCAGAGCUGGAGGCACUAGGUGAUGAACUUCUAGCUGAUGAGGAUAGCUCUUAUCUGGAUGAAGCUGCAUCUGUUCCAUCAAUUCCAGAAGGAACGCCAACUGAAGCAAAAAACAAAGAUGGUGUACUGGUGGAUGAAUUUGGAUUGCCACAGAUCCCUGCAACAUAACUUCUCUAGCUCAGAAGGACUGCUGCUUUUCAUCUUUCUUAAGAAGAAUACCAUGGGUGGUGCAGAUAAAGCUUUCCAGUACCACUUGAUAUCACUACAUAACAGAAUGUAGAGCGAAUGAGUGACAAAUUCCCCUCCUUUUGAAGACAUUUUAUUACUAGCUUUUGUAUUAACAGCAAGAAAUUGGUACAACUCUUUCCUGCGGUGGGAUCUGUUCACAAGUUCUGAAAUUUGGCUUCAUCACUCCUGUAGUGUUGUAGUAUUAUUCUGAAAAUUACUUUGGGCUAUUUAUGGUUUUCUUUGAUUUAUAUUUCUCCGGACUACAAAGGGCACUGUGAUGGUAUUUCUUAGACUAACUUUAUUGUGCUUGCUUUAAUCAUGCAUAUUUUCUAAUAAUGCUACCAUUUGCCGUUUAUUGUGGAUAUAUUUGCUAUAGCCCUUAAAUGUAGCUGAGUAACGAAUAGAAGCAAAGGAGAUUACAUUGUAUAAUCCAUUUUGACCUAAAUUAUAUACCGUUUAGGGUU